CGGGCAGGCGGUCAAAGAUUGAAGAGGCGCCUGCUGCAUUCAGCGGCCGAAGCGAUCGUGAAAGUGGGGCCGAGAUUUCACUUUGCUGUAUCAGACGUUUCCUGCAUUUUUCAUCGCAGAACAAUGAAUUUCUCGAGAGUGAAUGAGGCGGCUUCCAACCAUUGUUGUUCACAACCCGAACGGGAAAUCUCAACAUGGCCAUCGACAAGAAGAGGAAACGGAAUGAAGGGCAUGGCAAACGCUCCAAAGCGCCGCCUGCCAGUUCCAAGCGUCAAAAGUCGAAUUCUGGGAAGCGCGUCGUUAACGUCGAUGCACUUCCCUGGAAGUCGGUCGAUGUGCCAGAAAUGUUCGAUGAUGCCGAAGGCUUUUACGGCUUGGAGGAGGUUGAGGGUGUUGAGGUCGUGCGCGAGGGCGGCACUGUCAAAUUUGUGACUGCUGCUGACGCAGAGUCGGAGGAAGACAGUGAGGAGUUUGAGGGUUUUGAUGACCCCCCAGAGGAUGCCCAAGUAUCUCCAGAGGGGACAGAGGUGAAGGGCUCGGCAUCAGAAGAACCUGCAGCACCGGAGGCCUCGGCCAAGGAGCCUAAGGCUGCAAAGAAAGCCACCGGGGCCGAUGGGAAAGACGCCCCGAAGAGGGACGCCGAGACCCAAAAGAAGGACAAGAAGAGAGGAAAGAAAGAAAAGCAGAGCUCCAAAGUCGAAUCAGCAAAUGGUGACCCCGAACUGGAAGCGAACGUCUUUGCCCAAGCGGCUAGCCUCGCCGAGGCCCCGGCCGAGGACAACGAUCUCGACAUGUCCGAGUGGGUUCCGCUUGGUCUUUCUCCCCAGGUGCUGUCGGCGAUUGCGCGCCUCAAGUUCGCCAAGCCGACCGCGAUCCAAGCCAAGGCGAUUCCGCACAUCAUGAAUGGCCACGAUCUCAUUGGAAAGGCAGCCACCGGUUCGGGGAAAACGCUAGCCUUUGGGAUUCCUAUCGUGGAGAGCUGGCUGGCCAGAAGAGCCGAGGCGCAAACUACCGACAAGAAGCAGCCCAUCGCUUUGAUCCUUUCGCCCACUCGAGAACUCGCCCAUCAGAUCCGCGAUCACCUGAAGGAACUCUGUGCCGGGCUCACCACCGGCCCCUACGUCUGCUCAGUAACCGGCGGCCUCGCGGUUCAGAAGCAGCAGCGUCAGUUUGAGAAGGCCGACAUCUUGGUCGGGACGCCCGGCAGAAUGUGGGAGCUGGCGAGCUCGAGCAACUCGGUACUUGGGGCGUUGAGGGGUAUCAGUUUCCUGGUUGUCGACGAAGCCGACCGGCUGCUGAAGGACGGGCACUUCAAGGAAGCCGAGGAGAUCAUGAAUGCUCUGGACAGGAAAGCGCCCGGGGAGGAGGUGGUGGAGGACGAAGGGGAUUCGGACGACGAGACGCCGCGGCACAACCGGCAGACCCUCGUGUUCUCGGCGACUUUCAACAAGAACCUCCAGCAGAAGCUCGCCGGCAAGGCCCGCUACAACCUCAUGGGCGACGCCGAGUCGCUCGAGUACCUCCUGAAGAAGCUCAACUUUCGCGAGCCGCGCCCCAAAUUCGUCGACACCAAUCCGGUCUCCCAGAUGGCCGAGAACCUGAGGGAAGGCCUCAUCCAGUGCGGCGACCUCGAAAAAGACCUCUUCCUCUACGCCGUCCUCCUCUUGCAGCCCACCCGCCGCGCGCUAGUAUUUACCAACUCGAUCAACACCGUCCGGCGUCUGACGCCCUUCCUGCAGGCUCUCAACCUCCCAGCCUUUGCCCUCCACUCCGACAUGGAGCAAAAAGCCCGCCUCCGCUCGAUCGAGCGGUUCAGAGCGGGCGCCAACGCCGCCAAUAACAAGAAGAACAACCCCGCGCCGUCGUCCUCGCCACCGGCGUCUUCCAUCCUCGUCGCGACCGACGUGGCCGCCCGCGGCCUCGACAUACCCGAGAUCGACCUCGUCAUCCACUACCACGUCCCGCGCACGGCGGACGACUACGUGCACCGGUCGGGCCGGACGGCGCGCGCCAACCACUCGGGCAUCUCGAUCCUCCUGUGCGGGCCGAAAGAGGCCGUGCCGACGCGGCGGCUCAUCGCCAAGGUGCACGCGGCCGCGGCCGCGCACAUGCCGCGGGCCAAGCUGGCCAGCAGCGCCGGCGUCGGGGUCCAGACGGUCGACAUCGACCGGCGGCUGGUGGCGCACCUGCGGCCGCGGGUGACGCUGGCCAAGAAGAUCACCGAGACGACGAUCGCCAAGGAGCGCGGGGCCAAGGAGGAGGACUGGCUGCGGAAGGCGGCCGACGAGCUCGGGGUCGAGUACGACCCGGACGAGCUGGAGGCGGCCGGCUCGUGGAAGGGCCGCGGCAGCGGGAGGAAGAUGCGGGAGAAGGAGGCGGCGGCGGUGAGCAAGGCCGAAGUGAAGCAGUGGCGGUGGGAGCUCAAGGAGCUGCUGAGCAAGAGAGUCAACACGGGAGUGAGCGAGAGGUAUCUGAACGGCGUCGACGUGGAUGCGCUCCUGAGGGGGGCGAGGGGGGAGUUUUUGGGUCAGGUUGAGGGGUUGGGAUUGUAAAAUUACGGGUUUUGCAUAGGGAUGGAAGGCGCCGUCAAAAUACCAAAGUUAUGCAUUUUUUUUUCUUUCCGGCUUUCUCAAUAAGGGGGGGGGCUGGACUUCGCCCCCAGUCCUCCACUCUCCUCG